AUGUAUCAGCUGUAUCACACAGAGGAGGAUUUCCCCAUGUCCACCUGGAAUUGUGAAGCCUUGCGGAGUCUUGCCAGCAUGUGGCCUCAGGUGACACUGAAUCCCCUCUGUGGUGGACUUUGGCAUUCCCUCCUCUAUAAUUUUGUGAGUUCUAUGCCACAAGCAAGAUUCUACCACCCAAUUUUGCCUAUAAGAACCCUGGCUGAUAAAAAAAAUGCAACACAAAUUCGCAGUAUAACAGGAAUGAAAUUGCCCUUUGUUAACACCUGGUCUCAGCCAAUUUAUGGAACUUCAAGUGCUGCACCAAGUUUGCAAAACUAUUACUUAUCAACUUCAAACUACCCAGCAGAACUGACAAGUAACAGAUUGCCUCCAAAGGGAAUGCCAUCAUUUCAUUUCACACCUCCUAUUAAUACUUUGCCACCUUUAUACAAGAAACCUAGAAACAUUGUCAGACAUGUAAACAUGCCAAAUGAGUCAUUAAGCAAAUUAAUACCAAAGGAAAGCUCUUUUCACAGGGGAAAAACAUUACCUUUCAAACAAAUCUACAGAGCUUGAAGGUUAUAGAAUGAAAAAGGACUAAAUUCACAUCAUAUAAAAUCAGAAUGCAGGACUGGGCAAUUCAUAGGAAGAAAUAAAGCAAUGAGUUAAGAGUAUGGAGAAGAACAUGAACAUUUCCACCCCCAUAUGUAAUUUGUAUAUUGGAAAAAGACAUGGAAUAUCACUGCCAGCAGCUGAAGAGAAGAUGGCAAAGCAAUCUUUUGGUUUUUCCUCCAGAGCCAUUUACAGUAACAGCAACAAAGCAAUGGGCAACUGUG